AGGAUUUUUAAAAAUUCAACCCCUAAGGAAGUAAAAUAGGGGUUUGCGGCCGAAGUCAUAAGCUAGUCAACAUGUAAAUCGUUCAUGGUUGCCCUAGCAAGGCGUCACAGCAAAUGGAUAAGGAAUUAAUUAGUGCUUAUUAUAUCUGAGGUAAUUAGGCAAAUCAUUCAGUGGUCUCUUGUCCUUUCCACACCAUGAAGGGUUAUAUCGCUCUUUUGUGCCUCGUAGCUGCUGUUCAGGGUCGCAACUGGGAUGCACACGGCACCCGUUUCUCCGGCAGUCCAGCCGAACUAGGGGAGAACCCCUGGGUAGUCCACCUCCGUGUGACCAAGUCAACGGGCGGCGGCCUCCUAGAGUCCUGCGUGGGGUCUCUCAUCGGAUCCUCAUGGGUGCUGACGGCUGCAAGCUGCGUACAAGACGCUCGAUUCGUCUGGAUCCGCUAUGCUGCCCUGGACCCGGUCCGUCCUGGGAUGGUGACGGAGACCAGCAUGGUGACCAUUAACCCCGGCUUCAACGUAACCAGCGGCGAGAACAACCUCGCACUCGUCAACAUCAACAGAGUUGUGGAGACCACCGAUAACAUCAAACCUAUCGCUUUGGCGGCACCCAUAGCUGACGGGGAAGAACCUCCUCACCAAGGCAGAUUCUGUGUCUACAGCGGAAGAUAUGAUGACUCCCGAGAGGUGUUACAAUGCUUCAGAGCUAACCUGGACUACCUCGACGACGGCACCAUCGUUGCUGACGAAAUGGGCAGCUUACGCUUCAAGUUUGAUGUCGGCAGUCCUUUAGUGAGCGACGGUGUGCAGAUCGGAGUUCUGUCGGGACUCACGGAACGUUGGUCGGCAUUCUUGCAACCGGCUUUAUACCGCGACUGGAUCCAGAGCGUCACUGGGCAAAGUCUGUGAAGUGUUACAGUUUCAAGACGUCUUCUUCAGACAGCUGCGGUCAUCUUUAUGACGAUAUUAUAUCGAAAAUGAUG